ACCGUCUCCACCUUUCGGAGAGCGCGACCGAGACGGCCGCAGACGUGUUGUUUUACCGAGGGAUGGCUGGCGAAGUGAUGCCAAAGCUCCACGGCGACGAACCACCAUGCACGGCGAAGAAAGGCAUGGAUGGCGGAGGAGGGAACGACGACGACGGCGACGGCGCGCAUCCGUCGCACCCUUGGAAAGCACACAUGAGGUACCAGGUCGACCUCGCGGCAUACAUCAUCGACACGGCCAUCUCGUCAAAGAAGGGCCAAACGAUCGGGCUCCUCUUGUUCUGGGUCUUCCUCGAUCUCAUCUUGAUCCCGUACGAAGCGUUUGCGUACCAAGCCGACAACAUCACGCUGCCCCGAUGUGCCUAUGAAGCUGUCAUGGAUACUCUCGACCCCAAGAGCGACGACGACGGCCAGGGCACUCUCUCCUUUCUUUGGACGUUGCGGUCGCUGAGUGUCAUGGUGUGUCUGGUCUGCACGCUGUACGUAAAUGUGAUCUUUGGCGUGAUUGUGGACGGGAUCGUAUCGAAAAUGGACGAGCUCAAGGAAGGUAAGGGCACCGUCAUCGAGAACAACCACACGCUCAUGCUCGGAUGGAACGAAAACUCCUUGUCGUUCAUUCGGGAAAUCUGCGCCGCCAACCAGAGCGAGGGCGGCGGCGUCAUCGUUGUGCUGUGUACGAGGGACAAGACGGAGCUUGAAGCCGAAAUCUACCAUUGCAUCACCGACUGGAAAGGGACGAAGCUCGUCGUGUGCUGCGGGAACCCGCUCCUGACCACAGAUCUCCUACGCGUGUCCGCCCACCUUGCCCGAAGCAUCACAAUCAUGUCGAGCGACGAGCAUGCCGACGUGUCGGACGCCGCACUUCUGCGGACGCUCUUGGUCAUCAAGAGCCUUCCACGGCUACAAGGCCACGUCGUCGCGGAUGUCGGGGAUGUCGACAACAACACGUUGCUGCAGGUCGUCGCCGGAGACAUUUUAGAAACGGUGGACUCGCAUAACAUCAUCGGGCGGCUCGUAAUCACAUGCUCGCGGUCGCCGCAUUUGUCCGACGUGUACAAUGCUGUGUUGGGGUUCGAUGGGAACGAAUUCUACUUCAAGGCGUGGCCAGAUUUGGUCGGGGUCCCGUUCGGUCAGCUCGCGAGCCGCUUUGACAACGCGAUCCCAAUCGGGAUCAAGACAGCCGCUGGCAAGGUCUGGAUCCGGCCCUACUUUGCACGCGUCAUAGAAGAAGGCGACGAGAUCAUUGUACUGGCCGAGGAUGACAACACGUACACGGCGGCGACGUCACCGGUUGACUCGACGCCGAUCACGGCUAUGCCGAAGCAGCCCAUGCCGAUCCCGCCCAAAAACAUUAUGCUUUGUGGAUGGCACCGAGAUAUCCGGGACAUCCUGAGAUUGCUCAACCACUUGUCCGCCCCCGACACCCAAGUCGAUCUGGUCAACGAAGUCCCAGAAGAGACGCGCGCUGAACGGCUUCAAAACGACGGCCUCGACCUUCGAUCGCUCGAGAACCUCCACAUCCGCCACAUUGAGGCGAACGUGGCCAUUCGAAGGCACGCCCAGAACCUGCGCGUGCCGCAGUAUGACUGCAUUCUCAUCAUGAGCGACAUGAGCAACCAUGGCCUGGCCAGCGACUCGCUAGUUCUGGCGUCAGUCGUGAUGCUCCGAGCGAUCGAAGUUUCGCAGCGAUCCCGGAAAAGCCUCGCCGAUCUGACCGAUGGAACGUCGUCGCUUCACACGGGACGACACGUGCACUGCGUCAGCGAAAUCCUCGACCAGCGGACGGAGACAACCAUCAACUCGAGCCCGACAAUACGGGCGUCGUCGGACUACGUUAUGUCGAAUGACUUGGUUAGUCGGAUGCUUGCGAUGGUGUCGGAGAACCGAAACGUAAACGCGAUCCUGGACGAAUUGCUCGGAGACAAAGGUUCCACCUUUGACGUCUUGCCAGCAUCCCGGUAUUGCGAGAUGAACGAGAGACUGAGCUUCUGGCAGCUCGCCAAGCGUGCUGGCUCAAUGUACGAGGAAAUAGUAUGCGGCUACGUCAACUCGCGGCAAAGGGGGUCCCCAGUCGUACUGAACCCCACGGACAAGGCCGACGUCCGGACGUGGGCAGAUUAUAGUUUGAUUGUGAUUCGCGAAGCCGCGAGCAAGUCCAAGCUGAACCGCUACCAGUCCAAGCGAUUAAUGGUUAAAGUGCUCCGUGCGUUUCGAUCAGUGAGCUCCCUCGUGACGCGACCGACAACGAGUGAACUCAUGUCGCGGCCCCGCGGCGGCUUCGUGACAGACGCAAUGGAUUUAGGGGGAGACGUCACUUGUGUUCACGAAGGCGACAGCGACGACGAGAGCAAUCUAGACGAGACCAAACUGCCACGACUGUUGUCACCGGCCGCCAACGGACGACGGCCGUCCGUCGGGCUACGACAGUGCUCCACCAGCGAUUCUCUCAUGGACGAAGUUGUCCGGGAACAGUUGACGCAGAAGCUCCAGCGCAACUCGUUCAACUCGUCAGGAUACAGGAUUCGCGUUGAAAACGAGAAACUCACCAAGAUGCCUGCGCCACGGCUCAACUACCGACGGUCCAUCACGGAAAAGGACACAGCCAUCCAGCCCUUUGUCGAAGAGCCCGUGCCCUUACACCCCAUCCGAACACUGCGGGAGGAGCUAGCAGCAAUUGACGAUCUAGUUGUCUCGCUCCGCCGUCUUCUAACGCAAUAAUUUAUCCUGUGCCACCUUCUC